CACGUGAGGCCUGACUGGGUAAUCAAUGUGCAUGCGCUUGAAUGCGUGCAGGGACAGCGAACACACAGCCAAUUAAGAGGCUUGCCUGCCGUCGUGCACAUUCACACUUCACACUUCACCCUUCACACUUCACACUUCACACUCACAUCAUCACAUUCACAUUCACACAACAACCGUACGAUUCGUGGGAAUUUGUAGAUCGUAGGAUUUGCCAUCUUUGUCGGCGACUAUCGACACUCGCGAACUCGCAAUCACCUCACCUCACCUCACCUCUUGACGGCAUCUUCACUCUCGCCAAGCUGCACUCUCAUACGCGCGAGCCUCCUUUCCAAUACCAAGCGAGCCGACGAACGGGAAUCUUUGAGGAUCGAGCAGCCGCAACAGCGAAGAGAUAUUGAUCAUCAUGUCUUCUCUAUUUGGGCCUUCUAGAUUGCAGGAUAAGGUGGUGCUCAUCACUGGAGCUAGCGGAGGUAUCGGAGCAGCCACAGCCAUCUUGUUCGCUCGUGCAGGUGCAAAUGUGAUUCUUACAGCCCGUCGAGCUUCCGCACUAUCAACGAUCCAAUCGCGCUGCGUCGAAGCGCACAACUCGUCCGGUCUCGAAUGCGGUGGACUAUUCCAAAGUCUAACGCUCGACGUUUCCAAAUCCAACGACAUUUCCCACCUCGCCUCUCGUCUACCAAGUUGGGCCAAGGACAAGGUGGACAUAUUGGUCAACAAUGCGGGAUUGGUUUUGGGAGUCGAAAAGGUGGGAGAGAUUGAGGAGGAAGAGGUGAAUGUGAUGAUCGAUACGAAUGUCAAGGGCUUGAUAGGCAUGACGCAGCUCUUCAUCAAUCAGUUCAAACAGCGAGGAUCAGGUCACAUCAUUCAGAUCGGUAGCGUAGCCGGCGUAGAAGCUUAUCCGGGCGGAUCCAUCUACUGCGCAACAAAGUACGCCGUACGAGCCUUUACUUCUGCCCUGCGCAAAGAAGUCGUCGACACGAAGAUUCGAAUCACGGAAAUUCAGCCGGGACUCGUAGCUUCCGAAGGUUUCUCCCUCACCAGGUUCAGGGGAGAUCAACAAAAAGCGGAUCAGGUCUACAGUGGAUUGCAGCCGCUGAGUAGCGAGGAUGUGGCGGAAGAAAUCGUUUGGGCGGCGAAUAGACCGGCGCAUGUACAGAUUGCAGAGUCCCUCAUCUUCCCCACCAAUCAAGCGGGCCCUAGAGACGUCGCUAGACCUUUGCUAGAUCAGUCAAAGUAGUGCGAGGUUGGGUCGAUGCUUGACUUGCGUCGAUGUAGGGCUCUUGCUCCAUCCACCUUUGCACGCUACAGAGUACACUCUCAUUGCUCGGGAACAGUUGGUGGCCGUGCGUAAGCUUCGACGUGUCACGUUACCGCUGCAACUGCGCAUAGCUCCACGCAAAUCAAUCGAAAUGGGAGCGCAAAACUUGGGCCAAAUCUUGCUGCGCUCUCUCCAAUGUCAAGCCCAGUCGUUCGGGAGGCGAAGUUGCCUAGCCAUUCUUGACAAGCGCACCACUUUCACCACUUUGUCUUGCUCGCCCACUUGCGCCUUCCCCCCCCCCCCCUCCUUGUCUUGGAAGCACGGAAGCAGGCGCAACAAAAAGAGAAAGAGAGAAGGGGGAAAGAACAACAGCCCAGCUCAUUCAUUGCAGUACUCGUUGAUGCAGACGGACCCUUACCCGCUCCGCUACUCGUAAUUUGAAUCCCUGAUCUGCG